AUGGGAAACAGUUUGAUUUCAUAUUAUUGGAUCCGCCCUGGGAGAAUAAAUCUGUUAAGAGAAAAACUGUUUAUCCAACUUACGGAGACCAAACGUGGAUGUCGGAUUUGCAUGUUCCGGAACUUUUAACGGAAAUGGGAUUGUUCGCAACAUGGGUUACAAACAAUGCGAGGCACCUUAAAUUUAUCGAUGAUAUCAUUGAAUAUUUUGGUUUCGAAAAAAUCGCAACUUGGCGAUGGCUUAAAGUAACAAGCGGUGGCGAACCCGUUUACAGCCUGGAUAGCCAACAUAAGCAACCUUUUGAAAAUAUUGUAUUCGCUUGCAACGGUGCUGCUCGGAAAUACUAUAUGAAGAUCGUCGAUGAAUUUGUCUUAAUCAGGCAUAUAUUUAUAAUGUUACAAGCGCUUGGAAUUCUUGAAGAAUCUGCGGAACAAUUGGAACUAUACGGUAGGUAUCUAUUACCGCGAACAACAACUAUUGGCUUUGAAGCGGCUAAACUACAAAAUAUACGAUAUUUUGUUUGA